UACAAUUACACAAUUUCUCAUCAAGUUCAAGGUUGAUAACUAAGCUCGUACAAUUUAAUUUUGUUGUUUGACACAGGCAGCCAUGUUGGGGUUGAUUAGAGGUUUGAGCUUCAUUUGUCUACUGAUGGCUAUAUCAUGCUUGGCUCAGGGCCCUCCUGUGCUUGAUACUGAUGGAAACCCUGUUACAAGAGGGGUAGAAUACUAUGUAGAUCCUGCUGUAACUGAUGUUGCUGGUGGUUUAACUCUAGUGACUCGCAAUGGAUCUUGUCCAUCUUAUGUUGGUCAGGUUCCUAUUGGUCCUGGUAAUGUUCAAGGCCUUCCAGUCAUCUUCACCCCAAGAAAUUCUGGAGAGACUGUCAUCACUGAAAAUACUCAAUUCACUGUUGCAUUUUCAGCUGCUUCGAUUUGUGUUUCACAUACUACAUGGGGUAUAGGCGAGGAAGACCCAGAGACGACAAGGAGACUUAUUGUGAUUGGUGAUGAACCAGCCAUCUUUAGUAUUAGCCGUAAUCAAGCACCAGGUCCCUAUACUUUUGGCUAUUGCCCAGAAUGCAACACUCCUCCACCUUGUGGGAGGCCAAGAUGUGGGAUUGCAGGUAUUCUGGAACAGAAUGGAACGAGGUUCUUAACCAUAGAUGGCCCUGCAUUUCCUUUCAGCUUUAGAAGGGCUUGAGUUCUUCUCCUUUGCAAAAUAUAAGUAGAUGACGUUCUGGCAUUGUAAUAGUACAAAUAAAUCAUUUUAUACUUAGAAGCGCCUAAGUUAUUCUCCAAAGAAGAAUAAGUGCCUUGGUGUCAUUGUAAUAUCAGGAAAUAAAUGGAGAUCUUUCUUGAUGCUUAGAAUUCAA